CACACACACACUGCACGUUUAUUACGAGUCUAGAAGUGGCACAUGGACGCGAUACAGUGAAAUCUGUCCUGAAAUAUGGCGAACCCUCCCGUCACUGACAGCACACGGAACAGCCGAGAAGUUUUCUCGCAUUUUGCAUUUCAUUACGGCGAAGAAUAGAUAGUUGCCAUAUUUUUUGAGGUUGUAUAUCAACUAUAGUUUCACCAUACGCUUCUUCGGUUUCCACACGCGCAACUGUAAAUGCGGCUGCGCUGGCGACUCCCGUCUGAUCGGACACUGACAGCUGGAUAUUAUCAGCUCUUCAUGAGCUAAACACAGCGCUUCAGUUCACACAGACUGAGAUGGAAAAGCUGUCAACCCAUUACAGACAGCAGUAAGCGAGUAUAUUCAGUGAUUUAGAGGCGAUGGCAGCGUCCAGUAACUCAAGUCUGUCGGGUUCCUCCGUUUCCUCAGAUCCUGAAGAUUAUCAGCCACCAAUAUGGAAGUCCUACUUGUACCAGCUACAGCAGGAAGCACCGAGACCCAAGAGGAUCACAUGUCCUCAGGAGAUGGAGAACAGACCCAAGUACUAUGGUAGAGAGUUCCAUGGUCUGAUUUCCAGAGAGCAUGCAGAUGAACUGCUGGCAGGGAUUGAGGGUGCUUACCUCAUCAGAGAGAGUCAGAGACAACCGGGAACAUAUACACUUGCCUUGAGAUUCGGGGGCCAGACUCUGAACUAUCGUCUCUUUUAUGAUGGAAAGCACUUUGUGGGAGAAAAGCGUUUCGAGUCUGUUCAUGAUUUGGUUACAGAUGGCCUCAUCACUCUCUAUAUUGAGACCAAGGCAGCUGAGUACAUCGCUAAGAUGACCACAAACCCCAUUUACCAACACCUGGGCUACACCUCUCUCCUAAAGGACAACUCACUCACCAACCGUCUCAGUCGGGCCCGUUCUGAGACAAAAAGAGUUACUUUUCAACAAGAUGACAAGAUUUCACCAUCGCCACUGAGCAGACGCACAACACUUAAGGAUGGACCAGAGAAACACUGCCAUUACGAGAAGAUCCACAACUUUAAAGUGCACACUUUCAGAGGGCCACACUGGUGUGAAUACUGUGCUAACUUCAUGUGGGGUCUCAUCGCCCAGGGCGUGCGUUGUUCAGACUGUGGGUUGAAUGUGCACAAACAGUGCUCCAAACUGGUGCCCAGCGACUGUCAGCCAGACCUACGCAGAAUCAAGAAGGUCUUCAGCUGUGACCUCACCACACUGGUCAAAGCCCACAACACUACACGGCCGAUGGUUCUGGACAUGUGCAUCAAAGAGAUCGAGCACAGAGGGUUAAAAUCAGAGGGUCUCUACAGAGUGUCUGGCUUUACAGAACACAUAGAAGAUGUCAGGCUUGCGUUUGAUAGAGAUGGUGAGAAAGCAGACAUCAGUGCCAAUAUCUACCCAGACAUUAACAUUAUUGCUGGAGCUCUCAAGCUUUAUCUCCGAGACCUUCCCAUCCCAGUCAUCACAUACAACGUUUACUCCAAAUUCAUACUAGGAGCCCAAAUAACAGAUCCUGACUCCAGACUAGAGGCAAUACAUGAUGGCCUUCUUCAGCUUCCCCCUGCCCACUAUGAGACCCUGCGGUAUGUGAUGACACACCUGAAGAGGGUCACCAUGCAUGAGAAGGAUAAUUACAUGAAUGCAGAAAACCUAGGAAUUGUUUUUGGACCGACGCUCAUGCGGCCACCGGACCAGAACACUCUCACGACUCUCAAUGACAUGAGAUACCAGAAACUCAUCGUUCAGCUCUUGAUAGAGCAUGAGGAUAUUUUGUUUUAACAUGUUUGAUGGAGGAAAUCUGCGUUGUGGGGACCGAACACAGAAACGAAUUCAUUUCGCUAAUCCACUUUAUAAACCCUGUUCAUUUUACAAUGCAGCCUGCGGCAAAUGUAAAGAUAUUAUAUGUUUAUAUGUUUUCUCAUCAUGUCUGUAAUAAGACUUUGACACAUUUCACUCAAUGUGUUUUCCACUAAUGGUACAGUAUGAACAAAUGCUGUUACACAAAAUUUUGUUCAACAUUCAUGCUGAAUAGAGGCAUUAUUAAACAGAUUCAUGUUUUUUUUUUAUUAAUUCAUAGUACAGCAAGACACGUACUUUUCUCAUUGAUGCCAAAUAUUUAUGCAUCCCAAACAGCAGACAACUUCGGUCUGGAUCCGCACUGGAGCUACUGACUUCGGUGCUGAUCUGGUGCGGAUCUGGCGCAAAGUUGUAUGCUGUCUGGGAUUGACCUAAAUGCUCUCCAUGAUCAAGAGCAUAGCAUUGUGAAAAUGACAUAUUGUCAAGUAAUUCAAUGUAAAAAAAAAAAUCUAUUUUUUGGGGGGUUGUGAUGUUGUUAAAUGUAUAAUGUGUGCUAUAAUGACCAGACAAUGAAGAUCUCAUGUAAAGCACUUUUUAAUUUUACAAAGAGUGUAAAUAGUCACCAUAUUUUUGUUCAGUCUGUGUGAAUAAUGCUGUAUUUAAUCCUGAAAACAAUGGCCUGGUUUACAUAAACACUCAACAAAAUAGUUUUGUCAGCAUUAUUUAGUGGACAUUUAGCUCCCCUCCCAUUUAAAGAAUGAGACUAAACUAAAUUGCAUGGAUCCAUGGACAGCAGGGCCUAUAGGCUAGAAGCGAGAUAAUUUCCUAUGAAAACAAUGCUCAAGGGUACCAUUGUCUUGGUCUAGUUGUUUUAAGUUGUUUAUUUGAUUUAAGACUUUUCAACAGUUUUGUUUUUAGGAUGUUUUCUGUGACAAAUGUAAUUAUGGUUGUAAUUUAUCAAAAGCUGAUUUAUUAAAUUAUGUAAAUCUGUUAACUA